UGCUUCUCCGUGUAGUUUUAUAAAAUGCCCCAUCCACACAAGAUAAUAUAUGUUUGUAUAAAGAUUUAUUAGCAUCGAAUGAUCUGGUUUUAUUAUUCAAACGUUUUCGUCUUUCACCGAUUGCUUUAUAAUAAACGAAACAGUGUUGUAAAUGUCAGUAACAGAGUAACAGAUCUCGUGAGCGGAGGGGUUUACAUUGUUUAAUUAAAUCCCGAGUACGUAAAAGGCCGAGAGUUGGUAGAAUUAGAUAGAAAAAUAACUGUGUUCCAUCCGUUAAUCAACACUACAAUGAAUUUAAUCGUAGCCGUUUGUUUGAUUUUAAAUUUGUUUUUCGAAAAUGGAAAGGGUCAUUCCUACAAUCUUGGCGACUGUCCUGCUGUAGAGCCGAUGCAAGAUUUUGAUAUGAAUCGAAUGUUAGGAAUAUGGUAUGCAGUGCAAAAAACUUCGACCGCAAGUAGUUGUGUAAUAUAUAAUUUUACAAGAACAAACGAACCAUACGAGUACGAUCUUGAACAGUAUUCGCAACACUUUGCUAUAGGAUUAACACCAUUGAAACACGAGUACAAAUACACGGGGAAAUUACAUGUGCCCGAUAAGGCAGUUCCUGCAAAAAUGUUUGCCAAAUUUCCUCUCAAUUUUCUCGGAAGCGCCAGCUAUGUCGUUUUUGCCACCGAUUACGACACUUUUGCCGGUAUAUUUACAUGCCAAAAACUCGCCUUUGCGCGCAGAGAAUCCGCCACCAUUCUAUCAAGAAGACGUACAUUAGACAAAAUGUACAUCGACAAGAUUCGUUCAAAAUUGUCAAGUUAUGGUGUAGAUCCUUUCGAAUUAUCUCCGAUUUCUCAAGAAAACUGCCCCAAGAAUCUCACAGAAGGUGUCAAUAUUAACAUCGAUGAUGACACAUUUUCAGCGCAUUCGAUAGCCAACACUUUCAGAAAAGCAGGAGAAAAAAUCGGCGACGGUUUCGAAUACGUGGCCAACGGAGCUAAGAAGGUUUUCGGCAAAGGGUCCAACAAUUCAGGAGAGAAAGAAGAUUUUAUAAACCAGAAUGUUCAAAAUUACCCUAUGACUCCCAACCCACAUGCUGAAUGGUUACCAUAAUAAUUUAUUCAUUAUAAAUAAAAUUAAAUUGAGUGUAAUAUAUAACAACAAUUGUGUACGUAACGUUUUUUUUUUUCAAUGAUGUAGUAGACGAUACGUUAACGAUGAGAUAGAACUUUACUAAUUAUAGAGGCGUAGAGAGACUCAAGUGUCUGUACCAAUUUUAUUCAAUAAACUAUAGUUUUCAG